AUGCCAUCGUGCAUGAUGAUUUGCAGGGCCAGCGAUACGCUGCAGGCCGCGGCGGUGCUGCUGGGCGCGGCGUCCGGCCAGAUUGAAGGAAUAACGGUCGAGGUUGCACGGCAGGGAGCCGAUUCUUCCCGCCUGCGCCUGCGCCUGCGCCUGUCAGUAUCGGCGCAGGCUGGGGGACGCGAUAAAGAGGUGCCCAGGUGCGUUCGAGUGCAGAAUCUGCAGCUAGCCGGGCCUGGCCCGUGCGCGCAAGUUCAGGUACAUCUCCCGCCGCGUCGCGUCAGCGCUCUGGGAACCGGCGGUGCUGCUCGCACCGGCGCAGAGGCAGCCGUGGGCGGCGGCGCGCGGUCCUGGGGCGCCAGCCAGCGAGUGCAGCGGUCCGCGAAUCAGCGCCGCCCGCCGCCCGCGCGAGCGCAACAACCGGCGGCCGCCUGCGCGCCCAAACCGGGGCCGUGA